AUGGCCUCAGGAAAAGCCCGUGCUGAAGAUAUCGACCUCGAGGACGAGAACAAUCAGGAAGAGCUGUUCAUCACCGAAGAUGAUGUCCUUGAGGAAAUAGAGGACGACGGUGACCACCCCAUGGGCGACGACGACGACGACGACGAAGCAGCAGACACCGUUGGUGACUUGGCUGAAGGAUCAUCAGGUCACGUCGAAGAUAUAUCUGUGCAGCAUUUCUCAACGCACAACGCGUCCGUUUUUGCCGUGGCCUGUCAUCCCACUCAACCUAUCGCUGCUUCUGGGGGAGAAGACGACUUGGGAUAUAUAUGGGAUAUCACUGAUGGAGAAAUUCUUGUUAAAUUGACGGGACACACAGAUAGUGUAACAAGCACGGCCUGGAGCACAGAUGGCGAGAUGAUCGCCACAGGAGGCAUGGACGGCAAGAUCAGAAUUUGGAGAAGGGUCGGAAAAGAAAACUAUAACACUUGGGAAUUUUUGACAGAACUACAAGGUCCUGAUGAGGUCAUGUUUUUGAGAUGGCAUCCCAAAGGCUCUGUGUUACUUGCUGGUUCAAACGACUCUACGCUUUGGCUGUGGCAACUGCCCUCCGGAAAUACUAUGCAAGUUUUUGCAGGCCACAUGGGUCCUGUUAACUGUGGUGAAUUUACGCCGGAUGGAAAAAGAAUCAUUUCAGCAGAUCAAGAAGGUUUCCUAAUAUUUUGGGAUCCUCGAUCUCCUACACCUCUAUUCAAAUUGGGCCCAGACGAUGCUCGCUUCAGCCUUGACGGAAUCACGUCUGUAGCUGUCAACCCAUCCUCAACACUGGCAGUCGUCGGCGGUGCUGCUGGUGGCGUCCGUGUCGUAAGUUUGAGCAAAGGAGAGAUUGUCUCAACAUUGGGUGGUCAUACCGAAGGAGAAAGCAUCGAAGCCAUCGUGUUCAUCGAUCUCACAGGAGCCGGUGGUUCUGGUUCUGGAGUGGUUGUAACUGGAGCCACGGAUGGUAAAGCCUGCAUAUGGGAUCUUAGCACAAUGAGGUUACGCUCUACCCUUCAACACGAGGACGCUAUUACAACACUUCUCGCCCAUCCUGCUCCCAAAUCAUAUCUUUUGGUUUCUGGAUCCGCCGACAAAACAUUACGCACUUGGGAUGCCAGAACUGGCAAGCUUCUACGAACACACACGGGACACAGGGCACCAGUUCUCGGUGCGUCGCUUGGAUUAGAUGGUUCUGUAGUCGUAAGUGCGGGAGAUGAUGGACAUUGCAUGGUAUUCACCACAGAAGCUGAGGAAACCGAGUAG